UCGGUACUACACUUUAAAAAUGGAGAUCUUUGUGAAAAACGUUAAAUUAAUUAAUAAUUGUAAGGCAAUUGUCAAGUCUAAAUGGUGCAAUGACACGGUUAAACUGAGCAUCUUUGUCAGUGAUGACGGGAAAGAGAACUGGAAGAUUUAUAGAGGACAAUGCGAUCCAUUAAACAUCGAGUAUGAAAAGAUUAAGGAUUAUCUCACAUUGAAAUCAAAUACUGACUCAAUCAUGUUCGACAUAAUUGGAAGAGAAUUCAUAAUCUUUAUGAAAGAAUAUCUUGGAUCAGAUAGUGAAGGAUAUGCAGACAUUAUCUACUUUAAAUUACCACUUGAUUGUGAAGAGAUUUCUAUGGACAUAGUUCUAGAACAAAUUAGUGAAAUAAAUAGAUUGACAUCCAUAAUUAGUCAUGCUAACGAGACAAUUAAGACAGAUCAAGAAAGUAUGAGGAAGAUUAAAAGUUCAUUAGACAAGCUAUUAAUUGAAAAGCAGGAAUUCGAAAAGAAAUUCUACAGUAAGGCUGCUGCCUUAUUUAAUACCAAGAAAAAGUAUAUUCAAGAUAAUGUUUAUAACAAAAUUUCAAACCUUAACAUUUCACAUGAUGCUGGAACCUCAGAGGAACUGCUGACAAAGAACAAGAAAUUGGAAGAGAAAAUCUACUCAUCACCGUCUAGAACACCAUCGAAGAAACGACAAAGUUUAACGCCCAGAAGAACACCAAUUAAGGGAAUGCAAAGAACACCAUCAAAGAGACUUCGUGAAAUUCAAGAUAUGAGUGAUUCAGACGAUAGCUUUACAGUAUUAUCGUGUGACACUAACAAAAAGUUGACAUCCAAACCGAUUUCUAAUUCCCUUGAUUCCAGUCGUGUCUUUAAGGACUUUAAAAUAAAGACUCCAAUUAAAAAGAAAGAAUAUGAGAAGCGUGAAAGCUCUGUUGAACUGAAAAUUGACAGACGUACCAAUGAAAUUAUUCCAGACGAGUCCGAAAAUGAGCAAAAAUCCUUAGAGUCAAAAUCAUCAAAUCAGCAAAAUGCACAGCAAAUGGAAGUAGAUAAUACAAUAAUUGAUGAUGAAGUGAUCCCGUGCUCACAAGAAUCACAGGAAAUGGCACUUAGUGUGACUAGUUUUUCCGAACGACUAUCACGCAACAAGCAAAAGAAACGAAAAACUGAAAAUUCUAUUAAUAUCAAUCCCUACAAUGUUAAUACUGUUAAUAUUUUGGAUAUAAGCGAUUAAUUUAAUCAUUCUUUCUUAACGGAAAAAGUGAUAACGAUCAAUAAAAAUUCAAAUAACCAGAAAUUACUUCCACGCGCAUAAUGCAAG